CCUGACCUCCUCUCCUCUCAACCUCUUCCCUUCCCUUUUCCUCUCUUUCUCCCUCUCUUUUCCCUUCCCCCCAUCCUCCCCUUUGACCUCCCUCUAUACCCAUUUCGCUCUUCAACACCAUCAUCAUGUUCAAGAGCGGUCUUGCCCGGACCUUCGGGAGGGCUGCUUUUGCUCGGCCUACCCCCGUUGCCCGUCGCGCUUUCCAGCCCAAGACCAACGGUCUUCCCUCCCUUGCCCGUCUGGCCAGCACUGAGGCUGCCUCUAUUGGCAAGAUUCACCAGGUCAUCGGUGCCGUCGUUGACGUUAAGUUCGACGGCGAGAAGCUCCCCGCCAUUCUCAACGCCAUUGAGACCGAGAACAACGGCCAGAAGCUCGUGCUUGAGGUUGCUCAACACUUGGGUGAGAAUGUCGUUCGUACUAUUGCCAUGGACGGUACCGAGGGUCUGACCCGUGGUGCUGCCGCCCGUGACACUGGUGCUCCCAUCACCAUCCCCGUCGGCCCUGGCACUCUCGGCCGUAUCGUCAACGUCACUGGUGACCCCAUUGACGAGCGUGGUCCCAUCAAGGCCGACAAGUUCCGUCCCAUCCACACUGAGGCCCCUGCCUUCACUGAGCAGUCCACCACUGCCGAGAUUCUCGUCACUGGUAUCAAGGUCGUCGAUCUCCUUGCCCCCUACGCCCGUGGUGGUAAGAUUGGUCUCUUCGGUGGUGCCGGUGUCGGUAAGACCGUCUUCAUCCAGGAGUUGAUCAACAACAUCGCCAAGGCCCACGGUGGUUACUCCGUCUUCACCGGUGUCGGUGAGCGUACUCGUGAGGGUAACGAUCUGUACCACGAAAUGCAGGAGACCGGUGUCAUCCAGCUCGAGGGUGAAUCCAAGGUCGCCCUUGUGUUCGGUCAGAUGAACGAGCCCCCAGGUGCCCGUGCCCGUGUCGCCCUUACCGGUCUGACCAUCGCCGAGUACUUCCGUGACGAGGAGGGUCAGGAUGUGCUGCUCUUCAUUGACAACAUUUUCCGUUUCACCCAGGCCGGUUCUGAGGUGUCUGCCCUUCUGGGUCGUAUCCCCUCUGCCGUCGGUUACCAGCCCACUCUGGCCGUCGACAUGGGUGGUAUGCAGGAGCGUAUUACCACCACCACCAAGGGUUCCAUUACCUCCGUCCAGGCCGUCUACGUGCCCGCUGACGAUUUGACUGACCCUGCCCCUGCCACCACCUUCGCUCACUUGGACGCCACCACUGUCUUGUCCCGUGGUAUCUCUGAGUUGGGUAUCUACCCUGCCGUCGACCCUCUCGACUCCAAGUCCCGUAUGCUCGACGCCCGUAUUGUCGGUCAGGACCACUACGACACCGCCACCCGUGUCCAGCAGAUGCUCCAGGAGUACAAGUCCCUCCAGGAUAUCAUUGCCAUUCUGGGUAUGGACGAACUGUCUGAGGCUGACAAGCUUACCGUCGAGCGUGCCCGUAAGCUCCAGCGUUUCCUGUCCCAGCCCUUCACCGUCGCCCAGGUCUUCACUGGUAUCGAGGGUAAGCUGGUCGACCUCAAGGACACCAUCCGCAGUUUCAAGGCUAUCAUCAGCGGAGAGGGUGAUGACCUUCCUGAGGCUGCUUUCUACAUGGUUGGUGACUUCGAGUCUGCCCGUGCCAAGGGUGAGAAGAUCUUGGCCGAGCUCGAGAACAAGGCCUAAAUGUAAUAUUGUUUUUAAGCGCCCUUUUCCUUUUAUGUUAGACAUGGACUACCUUUCUUCCAUGAUCCGGUUUCCAUCGAUGCCUGUACAGUACUCGAAUUGAGAAAAGGGAGUUAUGAGAGAAAGGAUUUUGAUCAAGUCCAACGAUUCAUCAAGGAAGCAGGAGCACUUGGAGGCAAUCCCUCAUCCCAAAGCCGGGAUGGAGACUUCCCGGCUUGUGUUACACUACGUGCUCAUGUAAGUAAGUCAAAAUGACCACCAUCAGCCUCAUACCCGCCGGGCUGAGACAAUUGUACUCUUUUCUUUUGUUGGGAUCAUCUGUCAGCGCGUAGUUAGCAUGGUAAUGACAUCUCUAUG